GAAUGCAGCCCGCUUUUCCCCCCGCUGUGUGUACCGGCUAAUACGGACAACCUUGGAUUUAUAGGCGCCUGUAAACGGCCGAUUCAUCCAAUGUUUCGAGUUUUUUCAUCAGGAACCUUUUUAGUUUAGUGAAACUAAACCUAGAGCUGAGGUUUCUGAAAUAUUCACAUGCCUGUUCGGUUCGGUUCUGGUUCGAUAUGUUCAGAGUAAGUACGGACAGAUCACGCUGUCACCUUAGACUCUCAGUAAUGUUGAUCAGUGUUUACCUUUUAUAUAAUGUUUGCUUGGUUUGUUAACGUUUCUUACCAGUCUUCAUAAUUUCGCUUUAAAUAAAUACCAUCCUAUAAAACCAUUACUUUAAGUGUGGUGUAAUAAAACUGUAAAAAAUAAACUCCACGUUAAAGAUACUGCAUCCGGUUCAGACAAACACAUGUGAUUCCUGUUUGUGAUCUCCUAGACUGCAACAAAAAUUUACAAUGAACCUUUAACUACAAUUUGUGGUUAUUUGUGAGAUUCAGGCCAAAAAAUUGGAUCCCACAAUCAACACGAACCAAAAGUCACUCAUGGGAGUAGGGCUGGGCGAUAAAACGAUAAUGAUAAAUAUCGAAAAUUAAUAUCCCUCAAUAUCGAUAUAAAACACGGUCAAAAUGCUCUUUGAUAGUCGGCAUUCUUCCAUGUUUUGGUAGAAAUGCAGAUGAAGGCUAAACAGAUGAUGACAUCUUCGACAACACUGACACGAAAACGUCAGUGGUGUGGAGGACAUUUGAUCACAUCCAGUUUACUGAUCCAUCUCUUGAUAAAGUCGGUCAGGACAGCCUAGGUAACUCUUAAUCAUCCUCUCAUUACUGCAGUAGUGACAUCUUUUCUGUGUUAUGUCCUCCAGCAGUAACUCCUUCACAUUCCCGCUGAGAUGUCCCUUCCAAAGAUCACACGACUCCCCUCUGCGAGGCUCCUGGGCUCCAUCAGCCACCUCCACCUCCAGCACCAGCAGCUUCUUCUGCCCUCCCUCCUUCCUCUCUCGGUGCCCAGAAGAGCUGUGACCCCGAGUCCAUACAGACGACCCGGCCAGCCCAGAGAGGACAAGCCCCCGUGGCAGAAGAUCAACUUUGACUUCUGGAAGGGCGUUGGGGGGAUUAAGAAGCACUUCGCUCUGUUGAAGAAGGAGUUUUUCGAACGCUGGACCGGUCCAGAAGGCAAACCCAUCCUGGAGCACAUGCUGGAGCAGAACCGAGUCGUAUGGGAAUUCAGGCAUCCAGAGAGCCUGGAGGAUUGGACCGUGUCCUCAGAUCAGGAGAUAGGAGGACAGAGUACAGUUAACCUGAAGCUUGGGAAAAAUGAUACCUGUUACCUGUACGGGACUCUAAACUCUACACCUCCGAGGGACGGAGAGACACGCUACAGCGGCUACUGCACCAUGCGCUCAAAGCAACCGCUGGUCAGUGAUUUACUGACACCUUUGUCUCACACACUCCCAUUUGAUUUGAUGACCGUAACCCAUGUAGAUUUUCCACUCAUGAAAUAGUAGCACAUUUUAUCUGCACUGUGUCCUAUCCCUGAGUGUCUCUGUCUCAUCUAGAUUUCAUUUGACCGAAAAAAGCACCACGACUGGACGAGUUUCAACACCCUGCAUUUACGUGUGCGAGGAGACGGCCGUCCCUGGAUGAUCAACAUCGCUGCAGAAACUUAUUACUCGCACCAGAAGGAUGACAUAUACUGUUAUUUUCUGUAUACAAGGGGUGGACCGUACUGGCAAGAUGUGAAGGUAGGUGGAAAUAAAUAAAACCUCGAUUUAAAAAGCUUCCUGAAAUAGAAAAUGCAGUCAAAAUAUCAGGAUCUAGAGAAAGGUAUUAUAUGUAAAACUGAUUUCUGCUAAAUAACAAAUGAUCUUUUUCCUCCUCUGUGUCUGUCACUCCCAGAUACCCUUCUCCAAGUUCUUCCUCACACACCGUGGGAGAAUACAAGACGACCAGCAUCCUGUGUGGCUGGAUAAGGUAGAGCAGAGACAAUCCUGACAUACUGUCAAAUAUAAGACAGCAUGUCCUCUUUAGAGUUUACUAUGAGCUCUCUUUGUUUGUGUUUGCAGAUAAACACCAUCGGGUUUACAUUAGGGGACAAAGCGGACGGGCCGUUCCAGCUGGAGAUUGAUUUCAUCGGCGUUAGCAAAGAUUUCGCUCACACUGAAGAGUUCGCCUACGAGCUGUACAAGAAGAAUCCAGAAGUCUGAGGGGACCUGCUGAACUACCAGGCGAACUUUUGAACAGUUGAAGGAUGUGAAGGAUUAACCGUUCCAACCCUUCCAUCACCAAACUCUCUGUCUGUGUGGACUUUGGCGCCCCCCUGUGGAUAAAGUGGCACCUCUUACAGCUCCACUGUGAUUUGUCUUUAAGGAAAAAAAUGUCAUCAUGCUUCUUUUCAACAUUCAAAUAUAUAAUUCAUUGAGAAUAUUAAAGCUCCUGUGAGGAACUCUGAGUGUGUGGGAUGUGGACAAAACUAUUUUGGCUGAUUUAGUCCCUAUACACAGAGAAAAACAAUUAAAAUGUUCAUUUAUCAAGAAUCUUUCUGUAUAAACAUGAGAAAAUAGCAUCAAUUAAGGUGAAAUUAACCCCCCCACCUGUGGUUGUAGACAUCAAUCAUGACCACAAAGAAAGAGCCCCGUUUGCUCUCAAGAGAUCAUUAAGAAGCUUUAGUUUCACAACCAGCUAGAAAUUCCUCACAGGAGCUUUAACUGUGGAAACGUGCUUAAAAAAAAAGCUGGUCUUACAUUUCAGGUCUUAAAUUCUACAUCUCAGCAACUGUAGGCAUAAAAAGUACAAUUAAGACACUGCUGUCUUUUAUUUUUGUUUGUUUUUGCAGAUAAUAAAGAAGCAACACUUUCAUAACAAGUCAAAAACCCCUUACAGGUGCUUUAAUAAAUCACCGCGUCUCAUUAUUUUAAAACAGUAUAUUUUGGAGAGUGUAAAAGCAGUUUGAAAAGUAAAAACAGAGAUGUGGAAACAUUUUUCAUCAAAGUCUUUUUUAUCAGUCGAUCCCAAAAAAAGUAAAAACAGCAAACAUCAAGUUUUCAGAACAAGUCCCGGUUUCCAAAGUAGCAAAACUAAACAUCGAUUUUCUAAACGUCAGAGUUAAAAAUGUAAUUCAGAGUUUUAGAACAAAUCUAAAUAACUGUAUUUAUGUUGGACAGAGCAGAAAAGUUGUGUCUACUUUACGAACAGGAGUUUAAAAGUUUGUUAAAGAAGUGAGUAGGACAGGAGAAUAUUUACACAGGCUGUACAGACGUCCACAAACUGGCCGGGUGACUGUUUUUACAUCAUUACCAGGCCUCUUCUCGCUCCAAGAAUGUUCUCCUUCUUGUGUUUCCGCUCCUCCGCCUGUUUCGCCCUCCUGUCGCCCCUAAAGACAGAAACAGACACAUGCAUUGGACGAUGCACAAGGGAGACAAACCACCAUCAGCUUUGAGAGCGUGAAUGAAGGACAGACCUGGUCUGGACCUGGUGCUGUUUGUAAUUCUUCUGAUGAGAGUUUAAGAUCAGAGACUUGUUUGCUGCUGUGUUUUCGUUUGUCUCUCCAAAUGGCUUCAGUUUACCUUUAAAAAAAAAUAAAGAACGACCAUGAGGGA